CCAACUGGUGCCUGCUGCUCCUUCAUCACCACUUUGCUCUCCUCCCCUUCUCAGCAGCUCCGGUACGUGCUGACUGAAAGAGCCCUACCCUUAUACCGGUAUCUCUUGUCACUUCACCCUCUUCACCCCCUUUCACCUCUUCUUUCUUUUUUUCUUCUGCGCGCCGCUCCUGCUGCACCGCUCCCUUCUUUCCUCUCCCCCCGCCAUCCCCUUAAACCCCGCCACUUUCCCCCUUUACCCUAGAUACUUGCUCCUUUCCGUCCAUCACCUGUCGCCAUCAAUUCCCCCCGGGUUAGCCAGCGUUGAUUGCAGAGGCCGCAGAUAAACCUCAAAAUUUCUAGUCUGGAUAUUUGAGCCUUAAAGCUCAAGGGGUUUCUUCUCGCCACCUUCACCUCGUUUAGAUCGCUGGACUCCGCCAUAUUAUCCCUUCGUUAAACCAAUCAACUCGUUCUAUCAACGUCCGCUGGUUUGGCUGGUAUUGUUUCUUUUCAAUUCAACCACCCAACCCCUGUAUACCGAUUCUUCGUUCCAAACCUCGGAAUAUCUCAACUCGUUGGUUGAAGCAAGCAAGAAAUAGAAUCUCAUUUAUUGGAAUAUUCAGUUCACUUCUGUUUACGGAGGAUACAAACCUAUACCCUUCAAGAGCAAGAUAGAUUGUUACAGAAAACCGCAGCAAAGCUCCUUUGAGGUCAGCAGGCACUGCAGGAGAAGCUCCAACCGUCGCUUUCUUCAGUACCGCCCGCCCUAACGAUUUUUGCUACAGUGGUUGAUCCUCCUCGGUAUACCGAUAAUUAUUAUCCAUUUCGGAUUAACCUGGCGUUUGAUAACAUACACAGAUCUAAAAAGGAACCAUCUCUCCUUUUUGUGCUGCCCUUUACGGAUUUCUCUACCGGCCACGUUAUAUUCAUCUUCUGGAAUAACGUAAUCUUGUAAUUGCGCGGACCUUAACCCAAAGGACUUUUCGUCGGACACACCCUCCCCCCUAAAAAAGGCAACUUUUGAACCGAGAUCAAUUCGACCGCCUGAAACCAUGUCAAACCGGAACAGCACACCGGACCAGGGCUCGGGCGCCGGUGGGUCCUCACUUCGUCCCCCAUCUUCCCGACCACUCGGCUCUGGUCAUCAUUUGAGAGCCUCAGCAGAUAUGUCCGGUGCUUUCCAAUCACCCCUUACAGGUCGGAUUCGUCCUUCCUCUGAGAUCUUCCUAAACCCUCCCCAGAUUACCUCUCAAAAUGCGGAGACCGAAGCAUUGGACAAGGCAGCACGAGAGUGGAUUAACGAUUUGGAGACAUAUGAGAAUACCCUCGAUGAAAUGGCAUCUGCGGCAUUGGAUCAGGACUUCAAAGAUGAACUUAGUGCCAUCGAGCAGUGGUUCCGGGUCCUUAGUGAAGCUGAGAGGACUGCGGCUCUGUAUGCCCUGUUGCAGCAAACCACCCAGGUCCAAAUUCGGUUCUUCAUUACUGUUCUACAACAAAUGGCAAGAUCUCACCCAAUGUCGAACAUUUUGUCCCCCAACACUUUUGAAAAAGACGCUAUGGCUUCUCGUAUGAGUGAUGCUAUGAGUAAAAUGAACCUGGGUAACGCUCGUGACUCGUUCUCUCGCCCUCCGCCCUCCCCAGGAGCACCGCCGAAUAGGAACUCGGUUGUGGAUCCGUCUGUGCAGUCAAUGUUCCCUGACGCCGCUGCUGCUAUUGCUGCUCAGCGUGCGCUGAUCUCGGGCCAGGCUGGAAGCGGCAGUGGAACAAAGUCCAACCGUAAUAGUGCAUUAUUUGAGUCUCGUCCAUCCUCAUCCUUGGCUCCUACCCCUUCCAUUUCGACCCCAGCGAACAAGGAGAAUAACCCACCUUCCUCCCCAUGGAACCGCCCGACAAAUGACGGAGGGGGUGAGCAAAGCCGCCCCAAGUCUGCCGCAGACUCUAUGGGCAACUUCCAACUUCCCCCAUCGUCUGCUGGACUGAGGUCUCCGAGGAAUCCUCCUCCUCAAAUUACUGGAAACACGAACCUUCAGACCACCACCUUGAACGCGCCCACAGCUACCGGUAUUGAGAUGCCCCAACUUUCUCCCUAUGGUGAUACAUCAUCCGGCAAUUGGGCAUCAAUGGUCAACACACCUGUUGCGCCAAUAUUUUCGCAAUCGCCGGGAGCAGAUAUGGUUGCCAACGCUGCUGCCAUGAAAUUAGCUGCAUUGUCUACUGUUAAUAACCGGAUUAUCCUUGAUAACGAUCCUAAAGGAUGGGGAAAGCGCAGAACCGGAAAGGAUCCUAAUGGAAGCAACGGGCAUGGCAAUGCCGGGCUCAAUUCUCCUCGGAAUAACGGAAAUAUGGCCACCUUGCCCCAGGGCGCUAUCGCUAUGUACAACGAGCAUGGCCAAUUGGUUCCGAUUCCGACGGCUGCGGCUGCUGCAGCCAUGGCACAACAGCAGAACAAUGGCUCGCCGCUUCUUGGAGGCCGCUCCCGCCCGAACUCGCCCGGCGUGUUCAACUCACCCGCCGCCCAGUGGGGCGGUCUAGGAUUUGCCUCUCCUCAAGCUGGUGGCUUUCUUGCUGCUCAAUCACCCCUCCUCGGGAAUAAUCUUCUACCCACAUUCGGUGGUCUCGCUGGGUCGGCUGAAGGUUAUAAUUCUGAUGAUGUCAGUGGACGCGGGAGGAGCCCGAGAGGCAGACGGGGAAGCUCUAAGCCUCCAGAGGAUCCGACCGACCCUAACCUUCUGAACGACAUUCCUGCCUGGUUGCGUAGUCUCCGUCUCCACAAAUAUACCGAUAAUUUGAAGGAUCUCAAUUGGAAAGAUUUGGUCGAGUUGGAUGACGAGGCACUUGAGAAGCGAGGAGUGAAUGCUCUCGGAGCCAGGAGAAAGAUGCUCAAGGUGUUUGACCAGGUCAAGGAAGCUAAGAAUGAGGGCAAAAUCCCUGCCUAGAGAACUAGUUGGCGAAGCAGGAUCUGGUGGCAUAUUCAUCAGAAUCUCAAGCACAAUAUUACCACAGUACUCACCUAUUCAAACCCCGGUGUGCCAUUCUCAUAUGACUAUUUCAUUGUUUUGUCUGUUUUUAUCCCUAGCUCUUAUGACUAGGUUGUCUUAUUCCCUAGUUUUUUCUUUCUUUUCAAUUUGAUCUUUCUUUCCCUUUCUUUUUGCAUCCUUUUGCUAAAUGAGGUCAGAGUAAUGUGGUAUAUGGGGAAAAGAAAAUUGCGUAGCUUGAGAUUAGCGAGUAUAUCAUGUUUCUUUUAUAA